AGCGAGACAGCUGAGACGAGCACACAAGAGAACAAAGAACCAGCACAGCAAAACUGACCAUCCACUGAUCCAAGAUGCUUUGCCCAAGCACAUUUCAGCCUCCCUUCAGCCCAUUCGUGGACUUCAACUGGCCGGUGCGCAGUCUUUGGCCUGAGACGAGACCUCUGUUCUUCCAGAUCGAACAAGAGAUGAUGAGGCACAUGCAGGAGAUGCGACACAGCUUGGAGUUCAUGGAACGCUUCCACAGGAGGAUCUUCGAUGAGAUCGACCAAACCUCACCUUCAGCUGUGUUCAAACCCAUCUCAUUCCAGCUGGGCAAAGAUAGCAACCGCUUCGCAAUAACCCUGGACACAAAAGAUUUCUCCCCUGAGGAGCUUUCCGUCAAACAAGUGGGCAGGAAGCUGCGUGUGAGUGGAAAGUCCGAGAAGAAGCAGGAUGAUGGGAAAGGGUCAUACUCUUACAGAUGCCAAGAAUUCCGGCAGGAGUUUGAUCUUCCUGAUGGCGUGAACCCUGAGGCGGUAACCUGCGCUUUAAAUGAUGGCCAGCUACAGAUCCAGGCACCUAAGGAGACCUCUGCUGGGGCAAAUGAGAGAGUGGUGCCUAUUACAUACACUCCUGCUGUGAACAGCCCUCCAGCUCAGACUCCAGAGCCGCAGAGCCAGCCAGCCCAGGAAGAUUCCUCUAAGAACUGAGAUCAGCAUCAAUAACGUACUAUGCUGAUAAAUGACCAUGAACUUUAGAACUAAUUUAUUACCAAUGGUGUAGAUGGUUUUGAGACUGUGUCCAGUUCCUUGCUGCAGUACAAACAUGAUCAUUUACUGUUCGCUUAUUUGAUUUUGUUAGGUUUGGACUGUGGGGAAUUACCUCAGUGUUAAAACAUUUCACUGGAAUAACUGGCUUAUUCAUGUUGUACAUUAUUAAAGUAGUUUUUCAUCAAA